AACACCAGUAACGGGAACGUGCUUGUGUGUUGUGAUACAACCUCAGACAGACAAACGCGUGAUGAACCGCACACUUUGCUCUAAAAUCAGUAAAUCACGAGACCUGUUUAUUGACCGCGCGAGCUUGUUAUCGCUGUAGAUCGCUCCUCCACAAGCGACAAAUGAUAGGAUGGAAAAUUUAGAACUGAGCCUGUCAGCACUGAGCACCAUAUCCAGACAUGUUGACAAAAGUCACAACGAACUCAGCCAGUAUCUGUCAAAACAGAUAUGGAGCCAGCAGGACAGACAGUGUAUUCUGGAGUGUUUGGCUCAGCUGCUGCUGGAGAAGGACUACACUUUGCUGAUUGCACGACACCUGCGACCGCUGAUUCUGGACCUGUUGGAGCGGAAUGCAGAGAGGGUCAGACUUGGUGGCAGAAUCAACCAUGAUAUCCAUGAGCGCCUGUGUGUGGCCCUCAGCAAACUGCUCAGCAUCAGUCCGGAUGCUCAGGCGUUUGCUGCAAAGUACUUCAACAAUGCCCCCCCAGUGUUUCAGAGGCUUUUCUUCACCAGUGAAGAGUCAUCAGCUGUCCAGUAUGGCCCCAGGAGGAUGAAGAUGCGUGACCUCAUGGGCGCCACCCUACGUUUCCUCCACAGUGAUUGUGCCAAGUUUCGAAUGCUCUGGGACUGGAGUCCCUGCGUGUCCCAGCUGCUCACCAGUGAUGUCAUGGUUCGAGGGUACACUGCCCAUUGUUUAGCCCUGGUCUCUCAUAUGACUGAUAAUCAGAAAACCAUCUUCCUGAGAAAGGUGCUGACAAAUGAUGAGAUCCUGCACAUGAAAAUGAAAGCCUUGGAGGAAACUCAGCAGAUGGAGGUAGAGAAGGCCCUGGUGUUAGCCAAUCAGGGCUCUGCAAUGUGGCGCCAGGAGAAAGCUAAUAAGUUUACCAGGGGCCAGGUGGUAUCAGAGGACCUUUCCCAGAAUGUUGUAGCAGUCUGUGGUGUUGUUUUACCCAGGAUAGUUCCUAGACAGGCUGAACAGAUGAACCAAAAGGAUCUGGUGCUGGUGGACUCAACUUGCCGCAAUCUGAGAAGACUGGCGUUGGCCGUAGCUUCCCAGAAGCCUGUGCUCCUUGAGGGUCCUAUUGGAUGCGGUAAAACCGCCUUGGUAGAGUUUAUGGCUGCUAUCACAGGACAUACAAAAGCUACAGAGAUUCUCAAGGUCCAACUUGGAGAUCAGACUGACAGCAAGAUGCUGUUGGGGAUGUACCGUUGUACUGAUAUUCCAGGGAAGUUUGUGUGGCAGCCAGGAACACUGACACAAGCCGUAUCUAAAGGCCACUGGAUCCUCUUAGAAGACAUUGACCAUGCACCUCUGGAUGUGAUAUCCGUGCUCCUGCCUUUGAUGGAGAAUAAAAAGUUGAUGAUUCCAGGACGGGAGGAUUGCAUCGAUGUUGCACCUGGAUUUCAGUUCUUUGCAACAAGAAGGAUGUACUACAGUAGCGGCAGCUGGCACAAGCCGCAGAACUCUCAUGCAACGCUGCUGGACAAGUACUGGACCAAGCUGCAAAUGGGCAACAUGACACGAGAAGAGCUGAAGAAGGUACUCAUCAACAGGUAUCCUAGGCUGACAGUGGUGGCAGACCGUCUCCUGGAUAUCUACUGUCAGCUGACUGGGGAGAGACACUCUGAGUCAGACACCAGCAGCCUCCAAAGCCCCGAUGACUCCCAGCAGCAGCAGCAGCAGCAGCAGCAGCAGCCUGAGAACAGGAGCUCACAGCUGGAGGGGAGAGCCCUGUCACUGAGGGACCUACUGAAGUGGUGCGAGCGGAUCAGCGUCAACUUUGAUAGCGCCUCCUCUGCCACAGCACAACAUGUCUUCCAGGAAGCUCUUGACUGCUUCACAGCCAUGCUGUCUCGUCCUGAAAGUCGACUGCGAAUGGCUGAGAUCAUUGGAAGCAAGCUCAACAUCUCCAAAGAAAAGGCUCAGCACUUCUGCCAGAUGUAUCAGGCUGGCAUCUCUCUGACCGAGCUGGAGGUCUCAGUGGGCAGAGUAACUCUGGGUCGAAAGCAGACUGAAGCGGUUCAGCUGAGUGUGGACAAUCAGACGUUUGCUGCCACUCGGCCCUCUGCUGUGCUGCUGGAGCAGCUGGCAGUGUGUGUGUUGAAGGGAGAGCCUGUUCUUCUAGUGGGAGAGACAGGAACUGGAAAGACCUCCACCGUACAACACCUGGCCAGAGUUAAAGGACACAGGCUGCGGGUUGUGAACAUGAACCAGCAGAGUGACACUGCUGACCUGCUCGGAGGGUACAAGCCGGUAGACCACAAGCAGAUCUUGCUCCCUCUGAGGGAGGCCUUCGAGGACCUGUUCUCCCAGACCUACUCGAGGAAGCAGAACCUGACCUUCCUGGGUCACGUUCAGACUUGCUUCAGGGGGAAGCGCUGGCAGGAUCUGCUCAAACUCAUGGACCACGUCUGCAAAUCCGCUCUCACCAAGGAGCUGCAGGAGAAAUCAAAUGCUGCCGUGCUGCAGCAGCAGUGGGAGGCGCUGGCUGCAAAACUGAGUCAGACCCAGCAGCAGAUCCGAACCUGUGAGACCGCCAUGGUCUUUGCCUUUGUGGAGGGAACAUUAGCACAGGCAGUGAAGAAGGGUCACUGGGUCCUCCUGGACGAGAUCAACCUGGCAGCAGCAGAGACCUUGGAGUGUCUGAGUGGACUCCUGGAGGGCAGCGCUGGAUCUCUGGUGCUGUUGGACCGUGGAGACACUGAGCCCCUGGUUCGCCACCCAGACUUCAGACUCUUUGCCUGCAUGAACCCAGCUACUGAUGUAGGGAAGAGGAACCUGCCUCUGGGUCUCAGGAACAGGUUCACUGAGCUCUAUGUGGAUGAGCUGGAGAAUGAGGGAGACCUGCGGAUUCUGGUUUCAGACUACCUCAAGUACCUGAAUCCACAUAGGAGUGUCAUCAGUGGCAUCAUAAGUUUUUACCUGGCAGUACGAAAGGAGGCCAACUCACACCUGGUGGAUGGGACAGGGCACAGACCCCACUACAGCCUGCGGACUCUGUGCAGGGCACUGAAGUAUGUGGCUGCAAACCCCUGCAACAGUGUACAGCGCUCACUCUAUGAGGGUUUCUGCCUGAGCUUCUUGACUCAGCUGGACAGAAGCUCCCACCCUGUGGUCCAGAAACUGGUGUGUCAGCACAUCCUGAUGGGAAACACCAAGUGUCUCAAACACCCCAUCCCAGCACCCUCAGGCCAGCCCUGUGUGGAGGUAGAGGGCUACUGGGUAUCCCAGGGGGAGAUGGAGCCAGCUUUAGACCCCAGCUACAUCCUCACCACCUCAGUCAAACUCAACCUGCGCGACCUUGCCAGAGUGGUUUCUGCAGGGACUCACCCAGUGCUGAUCCAGGGGGAGACGUCUGUGGGGAAGACCAGUCUGAUUUGCUGGCUGGCUACAGCCACCGGGAACCAGUGUGUGAGAAUCAACAACCACGAGCACACCGACAUCCAGGAGUACAUAGGCUGCUACUCAUCAGACGACAGGGGCAAGCUGGUGUUCAAAGAGGGCGUUCUGAUCGACGCCAUGAGGAAGGGCUACUGGAUCAUCCUGGAUGAGCUGAACCUCGCCCCCACUGAUGUCCUGGAGGCUCUCAACAGACUGCUGGAUGACAACAGGGAGCUCUUUGUGGCCGAGACACAGGAAGUCAUUAAGGCUCACCCCAGAUUCAAGCUGUUUGCUACCCAGAAUCCCCCUGGUCUCUACGGUGGUAGAAAGGUCCUCUCCAGAGCUUUCAGGAACCGCUUUGUGGAGCUGCACUUUGACGAGCUGCCCAGUGAAGAGCUGGAGACUAUCCUCAACCAGAGGUGUCGCCUGCCUCCGUCCUACUGCACCAAACUGGUCAAGGUCAUGCUAGACCUUCAGUCCUUACGCAGGGGGUCGUCUGUGUUUGCGGGGAAACACGGCUUCAUCACCCUGAGAGAUCUGUUCCGCUGGGCAGACCGUUACAGGCUGGAGGAGCAGACAGAGGCCUCUCAGGACUGGCUGCAGCAUUUAGCUGACGACGGAUACAUGCUGCUGGCAGGACGUGUCAGGAAGCCAGAGGAAGAGGCCACCAUCUUGUCUGUCCUGGAGAAGCACUUCAAGAGGACCGUGAACCCUGAAAACCUGUUCUCUCAGAAACAGGUGACCAGCCAGUUCAGUCCCUUCAUCGACAGCAUUGCUGGAGUUCCAGACGAGUUCCGCCAUGUGGUGUGGACACAUGGCAUGAGGAGACUGGCUGUGCUGGUAGGACGGGCGCUUCGAUUUGGCGAGUCUGUCCUGCUGGUAGGAGACACUGGAUGUGGAAAGACUACAAUCUGCCAGCUGUUUGCUGCGUUGGCUGGACAAAAGUUCUUUUCAGUCAACUGUCACCUACACAUGGAGACGUCAGACUUCUUGGGAGGCCUGCGACCUGUCAGACACACACAUCAGCCGGAUGGUGAAGAUGGCAGGCUCUUUCAGUGGCACGACGGUCCCUUGGUGCUGGCCAUGAAGGAGGGUGGAGUGUUCCUCAUGGAUGAGAUCUCUCUGGCAGACGACUCAGUGCUGGAAAGACUCAACAGUGUUCUGGAAACAGAGAAGUCCCUGGUGUUGGCAGAGAAAGGCAGCGGGGACAAUGACAGUGUGGAGCUGAUCAGAGCAGCUGCAGGUUUUCGAUUGGUUGCCACCAUGAACCCUGGAGGAGACUUUGGCAAGAAGGAGCUCUCUCCUGCCCUCAGGAACCGCUUCACAGAGAUCUGGUGUCCUCAGAGCAACAGCCGCAGCGACCUGGUUCAGAUCAUCCAACACAACCUGCGCGCUGGGCUUUCACUCGAUGGCUGUGAUAUUGCAGAGCUGAUGCUGGACUUCAUCGAGUGGCUGACCCGGCAGGACUUCGGCCGGCGCUGCAUCCUGAGCGUUCGAGACAUUCUGUCAUGGGUUAACUUCCUCAACACUGUGUGCGAGCGGGAUGAGGAUGGCUUCAUGACCAUGGGAGCUCUGGAAGACGAAGAAGAAGCGGAGUGGGACCUCAGAUUGGACACCGUCACCGCCUUCAUCCACGCUGCAUGUCUGGUCUACAUAGAUGGCAUCGGCUCUGGAACAACAGUGUCCUGUGCAGACAGCGCCGUCCUGGCUCGCCGGCUGUGCCUGGCUUUCCUGCACCAGCGGCUGAGCAAGAUGACCAAGCUGGACCAGGAAAUGCUGGAUGCCCUGAGAGUCUAUGACAGCAGCCUGUCACGGAAACCCCAGUGGGGCGAAGACUUCUUUGGCAUUGAUCCCUUCUACAUUGCCUUAGGGCCUCAGACUGAGAGCCGGAACCUGUCCGAUUACGCUAUCGCAGCAGGAACUCCUGCGAUGAACGCCCAGAGGCUUCUGCGGGCGCUGAAGCUGCAGAGGCCUGUGCUGCUGGAGGGCGCCCCCGGUGUAGGAAAGACCAGUCUGGUGGCAGCACUGGCAAAGGCAUCGGGUAACCACCUGGUCAGAAUCAACCUGUCGGAGCAAACGGACGUCACUGACUUGUUCGGGACAGAUCUCCCAGUGGAGGGAGGCAAAGGGGGAGAAUUUGCCUGGCGUGAUGGCCCCCUUCUGGCUGCUUUGAAGGCAGGCCACUGGGUUGUCCUGGAUGAGCUGAACUUGGCCUCUCAGUCGGUGCUGGAGGGUCUGAACGCCUGCUUCGAUCACCGAGCAGAGAUCUAUAUCCCUGAACUGGGCAUGAGCUUCCAGGUUCAGCAUGAGAAGACCAAGAUCUUUGGCUGCCAGAACCCCUUCACUCAGGGUGGUGGGCGUAAGGGACUUCCCAAAUCCUUCCUCAACAGAUUCACACAAGUUUUUGUAGACCAGCUCACCAGCAAAGACAUGGAGUUCAUUGGAGACUCCAUUUUCCCCAGCAUUGAUAAGGAAAUCAUCUCUAAAAUGGUGGAGUUCAGUAACAGGCUUGUCCAGGAGGUGUGCGUGGAACGACUGUGGGGUCAGAAAGGAAGCCCCUGGGAGUUCAACCUGCGCGACAUGUUCCGCUGGUGUCAGCUGAUGCAGGCUGACCAGUCACCUGGAUUUUUCAGUCCAGGCCAGCACGUGGCCUUGGUGUAUGCUGACAGGAUGAGAACAGAGGCUGACAAGGCUCAGGUACUGUCUGUGUUCAGGAAGGUGUUUGGGGAGGACUUUGAACCUUAUAGCGGGUCCAGGCAGUUCCACAUCACUCCACUCAACCUGCAGGUGGGCUUCUCUGUCCUGCAGCGCAGCGGCGGAGCCCCUGUGGCUCUGGACCCACCACUGUCCAUCACACACCAGGCCCUGCGGCCCCUGGAGUCCCUGAUGAAGUGUGUGGAGAUGGGCUGGAUGACCAUACUGGUCGGCCCCACGGCCAGCGGAAAGACCAGCCUAGUGAGACUGCUGGCUCUGCUGACAGGACACCGCCUCAGAGUUAUGGCCAUGAACAGCGCCAUGGACACCACUGAGCUGCUGGGAGGCUUCGAACAGGUGGAUAUCAUGCGACCCUGGCAACAAGUGCUGGAAAGCGUUGACUACAUAGUUGCCAUGGUAAUAAGACGAGGCCUGAUGUCAUUGGAUGUGGGCAUCCAGGACACAGAGUUCCUGCUGCAGACGUGGGGCCUGUUCUGCCACUGGCUGAAGGACAAAGGUCUGCAAGAAACCGGAGGAACGGUCGACUCAGAGGCUCUGAACAAGCUGGAGGUCAUCAUCCUCCUCCUGCAGAAACUCAACACCAAGCUCAAAGUGUUCACCGACAUGUCCAAGCUGCAGAUGGACUUCACGCUGCUGAAGGAGCGUCUGGCGCAGCUGGAGGACGGCUGGACAAACGGAGGCUUUGAGUGGUUGGACGGUAUGCUGGUCCAGGCCCUGCAGGCUGGUGACUGGCUGCUCAUGGACAAUGUUAACUUCUGCAGUGCUUCUGUCCUGGAUCGCCUCAAUGCUCUGCUGGAGCCAGGUGGAUCCCUCACCAUCAAUGAACGCGGCGUCAUAGAUGGGAAGACACCCCAAAUCACCCCCCAUCCUAACUUCAGGUUGUUCCUGACCAUGGACCCUGUGCACGGGGAGCUCUCCAGAGCCAUGAGGAACAGGGGGGUGGAGGUUUACAUCCCCGGGGAGCACGAGGGGGUCUGCUGGGACGCACAGGACCUGAAGACCCUGCUUCACACUGCUGGAGUGACUGGGGACUGUGUGUGUGAUCUGCUGAUUGAAAUACAUAAAGGCAUCAAAUCAGCCAUCUGGGACUCCCCUGCCUCAUCAGUGGCCUCCCUCCUCCAUGCUGCCAGCCUGCUGUCCUGCCAGCUGCACAGAGGUGUGGAUUUACCCAGUGCCCUGCAGCAUGCCUGUGGAGAGGCGUACUCCCUCUGCCAGCGCUCCACUGCCAGCCAGAAGCAAGCCCAGCAGGUGAUUGAGCAGCACUUGGCCAUCCUCGACACUGAGGACUGGGGCAGCGGGCUGCUGUGUGCGGGGGUUUGGCCUGAUGGCUUCCCCUCCGCUCUCCUCUCUGCCGAGGAUUCCUGUUUCUCUGCCGUUCUCCGAGACGGGCAGGUCCUUUCAUUUUGCCUGAACACCCUCAGCCUGCAGGGCAAACGGAAUCGCCCACUGAGUCUCAGUGACCUGCAGAGGGCGCUGCAGAGCAGUGGCGUCCAUGAAGGCCUGGUGUUCUCUGAGGGAGUGGUGGAUCUGGAGGAGGGAGACGCUCUGAGGCUGAUCCCCACUGCAGUGAGACUGCUCACAGAGAAAGCUUCUCAUGGAGACUGGAUCCUCCGCAGCAGCUGGCUCUCACACCUGGGAAAGAGCUACAAAUAUGUUCCUGAUUCAGCUCUGGUCCAGGUGGAGGCAGGAAACAGGGCUCUGAAGGCUGUGUUUGCUAGCAAACUUGCUGCCAGGGGCAAGUCACUCGCAGAGCUGCUCCAGCCCCACAGCACAGAUGAAUACAGGAUUCUGGUGGACAUGCGCUGGAACAAACAAUAUCUGGACAUUUUAGCCAAUAAAUGUAACUUUGAAGAUGAGGAAAGAUACAUGGAGUUUCUGGAGGCACUAAACACAGUUGCCAACAGGAUUGUUCUGAUGAUGGACAGAGAGGAGAGGUCUGUCAUCUGCACAUGUGCUAUCAACCUGUCUGCUCAGAACUGUGCUCUGCGAAUAGCCACAGCCUUCAGUAAAGGGACUGUGGAUAUUGGUCACCUGCCCCAUCCAGUGCUGAUGCACCUCCAGACCUUCUUUGACCUGUGGAACUCCUUCAUCCUGCAGGCUGUGCAGAGCGGACAGCCCUACAUCUCAGACCACAUAAUGUUUGAGAUCUUACAGUUGUUGCAGUGGCUGGAUCGUUUCUGGGAUGUGUGCAGCACGCUGCCGGCUGACUCUCAGGGCAUCUCUGUGCUGUCUCUACACUGGCAGUGGGUGCAGAAACACCUCAUCCUCCGGCUGCCACAGCUGCUGCUGGGAGACGCUGACGCUACAUUCGAAGGUCACCAGGAGCUGCAGGUGGUCUCUGCAGCCAUCCAGACUGUUCUGUCCACCCCAGUGUCUGUGGCCACAGCACUGAAAGGCAUCCAGAAGACUCUGGGGAAGGCUCUGCCAUUCAAGUUGGAGUCAGUGGGUAAGUGCGCGUCUCGGCUGCGGCUCCUGAGUAAAGCCUUAGACGUGAGCGAUCUGAGGCUGGAUGGCACCACUGCUCCUUGGAGACAGGAGCUGGUCAGACUUCAGGGUGCUGGGCUCAGGCUGGACAUCAAGGAGAGUCUGCUGGAAGCCUGGGGCCUUGUUCUGCUGGCAAACAACCAGCUGGAUCCACAGAAGUCUGGAGUGUUGGAGAGGUUGGUGUUGAGUGUAGAGCAGCAGCAGCAUCACAUGACCUCAAGAGGUCUCUUGGAGGGCUGCUCCAUGUCUGAGGGUGAGGAGCCACCAGGCGGGGUCCAGCUGGCCAGAGAGGAGCUGCAGCAGCUCGGCCGCAGGGCCCAGCUCUGGCCCCUGAUGGAGCAACUGGCUGUUCUCAACCAGCUGCGACUCAGUACUGACCUGCUGCACUUGGCUCUGUCUCCUGGUGAUCCAGAGGCAGAGGAGAGCUUACGCCGGGAACUCUCCAGGCAUCUUCGUUACUGCCUUCAGUCCACACCCAUGAAUGUCAGUCAGCUGCAGCCGCUCUGGUUCCUGCUCAGCAGUGACAGGCCGGCUGAGGAUUUGCAGUUUGUGUGGUGUGAGCUGCUGUCAGAGGCUCUGGCUGCCUUGUGGACCAGCUGUGUGACCUCAGACCCAGACCGCUGGCUGAAAUGGGACCCACUGAAUCCUGAAACCCGGCCAGAUCCAAAGCUGCCCCAUGGAGCAGAUAAUAUGGGUCCAGCCUUGCUGAGUAAAGCAGUGUGGACGCAUUGCAUGCUGGGAGUUCUCAUCAGCAGUGAGAGUGGAGAUCGCUGGGAGCCGUCAGCAGCUGGCCUUCUCUCCCUCUCCCAUGUCACUCUGGGGGAGUGGAAGGAGAGGAUCCAGCAGCUGCAGGAUGUGUCUGCAGUGUUGUGGGACAACAUGGCUAUUCCUGCACUGGCAGAGUUCAGGAGCACGGACUUCAGACUCCAGGGCGUUGUCCUGCGUCGACAGCUUCAGAGCAUGGCAGACCUGCUGCCUCCCAGCCUGCAGGAGGGCUACAUGGAGAGCUGUGAGAGCCUGGUGGAGGAUCCCGACCCUCUGAUAGCCGCCCAGGAGAUCCAGACCGUCUUCAGAGACUUCCUUCCCUCCAAUCUGCUCCCUGACAGCCUGGUGGAGUCCUGUAUCACCUGCCUGCAGCAGUACGUCCAAAGCAAGGUCCAAGGCUCCAACCCGCUGGCCCGUUCUGGAGUGUUCUGGGUCAACAUGGGCCUGCUGCAGAUCAAAGUGUGGACACCACAGACCAUCUUUGACCCAGCUGUGAAGAGGGCCUACAAACUCAACUAUGCUCAGCAGGAGCUGGCUCUGCUGCAGGAGGAGUGGAGAGGACGCAGCCUGUCGUCUCAGCUGAUGAAAGGAGCAGAGCUGGAGGAGAGCAGCACCACUGAUGGUUUCCAGCAUCCUCGGAUCAGGUACCUGUGGAUCCGUAUGCAGCAGGUGAAGGAGCAGAUAGCUGAGCUCUCCAGGAAGCAGGCCUGUCGCCCUCAUGAGCCCCAGUACGGUCGACUUUUCCAGGAGCUCCAGCACUACCUCUGCAGCAUCGGCCAGGCAUCCAGAGUGGAGGACCUGCUGUCCCGCCUGCUGAAGGCUCUGCAGGGCUCCUCCAAAUCCCGGUCAUUGGUUCAGAAUCUGCUGAAGGAGGAGGCUGUGUGGCAGAACUCCCAGCAGCGCUUCUGCCAGAGGCUGCUAGAAGACUACCCCCUGUACCCUGAUGUGGUCGGGCCGGUACGGACCGGCAUCCUCCAGCUCCGACACGGCAUGAGGCUGGUGGCCUCCCAGCUGGCCGCCUCACUAACGGCCGUACCAGGUCUGCCCAAGUUGGUGUCCUGCCUGCUGGCCUUCCCCUCCCCAUCCCCCAGCCUACCAUCUUACCUGGCCCGAGCAGACUUCCUCUGCUCCACAGCUUGCAUGGACGUCCUGCGCUGCCUGGUGAAGCUACUACCCCAGCAGGACCGUGAGCAGGUGGUCCCCCGGUCCUCCACGCUGCUUCUGAACGCUCUGCUGCUUGUGCAGUGCCACACCCUGUCCACAGGAGAAUUCAGCCAUGAGGCACACAGCCUCUUCAGACACAUCUGUCAGGCUCUGGUGAAUGAGUGGGACGAGCAGGAGAGACGGAGGAGAGAGCGAGAGCAGCUGGAGGCCAGUCUGUACCGCAGCCGCACUCAACUGCACGGCUCAGGACUGACUGAGGAUGAGCAGGACGAGAGGGACUUCAGACGCCAGUUCCCCCAGUUCAACAAGGACUUUGCAGACAUCAUGUCCCAGCCCAGCUUGGAGGGCCCAGCAGACUCUGGGUUGGAGGAGGACAGAGACCUGGAGGAGUGCGUAGAGAGUGGCUGCCUGUCUCCCACCGCCAUGAACACGGUGGUCCAGGUUCAUCGGCACCUGUGUCUGGGAUAUGCCCGAUCGCUGUGGUAUCAGAGCACAGCAACAGCCAAUCACAACAAAGAACCCAUUAAAGCCCUAGUCUCCUCCUAUCAGAUCGCUGCUCCAGUGAUGUCACGCUUCUAUCAUCUGAUUGAUGCUGAGCUGGACCAGCAGCUGGCAGGCAGUGAACUGCUGCUCUCUGCCCUCCUCCAGAACACGGUUCAGGGCUCAGGGGGUCCCGAUGGUCUGGUUGUCGCCUCAGAGGGAUCUUAUGACUUCUAUCAGCAGCCCAACAUGAGCGAGGCCUGCCUCUGUCUCCCUGUUCUGAAGCAGCUGAGUGUGGCAGUGAAGCAGAGACUAGACGAGUGGCCAGACCACCCUGCACUCGUACAGGUCAGUUAGGUGGUGGUGGAGAGGAUCAUGGCUUUCAGUCUGGCCAGUCCACUUGCCAAGUUCCUUAAUGGUCUGGAGAUUCUGCUCAGUAAAGCACAGGACUGGGAGAAUAACGCCAGCCGCUCAGUCUCUCUGCGUAACGAACUGGAACCUGUCACCCAGCUCAUUAUCCAGUGGCGCAAACUGGAGCUCAGUUGCUGGUCGAGCAGUCUGGACAAUGAAAUGAAGCGGCACACUGAGAAAUCAACCAAACACUGGUUCUCUAUCUACCAGCUGGUAGAGAGGUAUCUGGAGGAACAGAGGAUGGAAGAUAAAGAUGAUACAGGUGAGGGGGUGGAGCGCCUCUCCCUGUCCUCAGUUUCCUCCACCCUCCAGGCCUUCAUGGAGGGUUCCACCCUAGGCCAGUUCCAUACCCGCCUGGACAUGCUGCUCAGCUUCCACUGCCACCUACUUCUGGUCCCCAGCCAGCCAGGACGAGAGUCUCUGUCCAGUCUUCUGUGGAACCUGCACAAAUACUACAGUCAGUUCUCUGACUGCAUCCACACCAAAAUCAGUCAACUCAGACAGCCCAUCGAGAAGGAGCUCAAGGACUUUGUCAAGAUCUCUAAAUGGAACGAUGUCAGUUUCUGGUCCAUCAAACAGUCAGUGGAGAAGACUCAUCGGACUCUCUUCAAGUUUAUCAAGAAGUUUGAGGAGGCUCUGAAUGGUCCAAGUGUUCCCGCUUUGGUGGAACAGGGAAGCAGCGCAAGCUUAGACAGCGUAGACGCCAACCCAGAGGAAACGCCCGUCCAUCGAGUUCACCGGGCGCUGAAGGGCACCCUGCCUGGGAAAGGCAGAGACCUGCAGAAUGAGGGCCCAGAGGAAGGAGUUGUGGCGUCGUCUCUACAGGGACGUCUGCCUGCUCUGACCAGGAAGAUGAAGAAACUCUGCAUCCAGCUCCUGAAGAAGAACCCAGCACCUGAGCUGGUUGAAGACCUGGACUACUUCACCGGCGAAGUCAUCAGCAAUCUACGGGACCUGCAGAGCCUCACCAUCGACAUGUCAGCAGAGAAAGAGAAACAAAAGGCGGAGGUCAAACACAUCCUGCAGCAGAAGCAAAGAGCUCUGUCUGACCUGUUCAAGAUGCUCACAGAAAUAGGUCUGUCGUACCGUAAAGGUCUGAUGUGGAACAGGAUAGCUGACCCAGAGAAAACCCUGUGUAUGCAGCCUCUGGAGAUGAGCACUGCUCUCUCUGCUGUCAGCAGCCAGGAGCAGACUGAGAGCAUGUUGUUUACCGAGCUGUUGACAGCAUGGGAUGGAUGUCAGAAGUACUUCUACCGUUCAUGGGCCAGGAAAACAGUCCUGCAGACUGCUCUGCAGCAUCCUGCAAAGGAGUUGAGUCUGGGAAACAUAGAGCGCUGUAGAGGUUUCGCCUGUCAUAUGUUCAAGCUGCUCCUCAGACAGAGGCGACGGCUGGCCCAGCUCACUGAGCAGUGGGUCCAUCUCAGGAGGCUAACAAACAGCUUACGGGGCAUCAAAGCUGACCUCCAGAGCCACAGUAACGAGCCAGGCUGCACCCUCCCACCUCAGGCCUCUCUCCAGGGCUGGGUCAGCAGAGGCCAAGCGCUGGCUGCGCAGUGCAACACCCUCCUGCAGCAGCUGGCCUGGCUGUUACAGUGCUGCCCCGAGGACCUCCAGCAGAAGGAGGAGACGAGCAGCUGCAGCCAACACACUCUGAGGUGCCCGUCCCCUCUGGCAGCGCAGCACCAACCCCCCGGCUGUCUGAUGAGGAGGGGAGACGCCGCCUGGUGCCAGCUACAUCAGCAUGUGACUGCGAUGUUGAAGCAGACUGAGCGCCUCAGGGUGGAGCUGGACACGGUGGCCCAGCAGGCCUCUGAGAGAGUACUCCACACAUGGGACCAUUUUGUGACAUGCUGUUCAGGCUUUGACCAGCUGGGGGCUGUAGUGGCUCAGAUGCCCAGCGUGGAGCGGCUCUUCAUCCCGGCCGCCUGCACCGGAGGCACAGACAGCCAACCGGCCAUCACCCAGAGUCUGCAGUAUGUCAGAGGACAGGUGGAGGCUAACAUCACCGAGUUCACCGCCUGGAAGACCCAGCUGCUCUCCCUGGGACAGCAGCACACAGACCACCAGUCGGCCUUCUGUACGGAGUUCUCUGCCGAGCUGGAGACGAACAUCAACACAGUGCUGUGUGUCGUCCAGACACUUGUGAAGAGAACGGAGAGAGAGCAACAAAAAGAGCUUGGAGAUGUUAAGAGAGAUGGUGCUGAAGAGGAGGAGGAUGAAGAGCCUGUGGAGGACCUGCUGAAGCCCGGUCACCUGGCUCGUCUACUGGAGGAGGAGCUGGAAGCUGAGGUGGAGGCUUUGUGUGUGGGAGAUGUUAGUGCCAGGCUGGACAGGCUGCUGAUCAGCCUGAGGACACACAGAGACACCUGUCAGCCAUCACAGCUCCAGGAGGUGAACAGGGCGUGCAGGAUGUUGGUGCAUCUGGAGCCUCUGCUGGGGAUUUACUCUGACCUGGUGCGGUACUAUGUGGCCGUGUCACUGGGAGCACACAGGAGCACAGGCAAACUGCUGUCCGUGCUGGCCAGCAUCUUCACCGAGCUCGCUCAGAAGGGUUUCUGCCUGCCUCAGGAGCUGAUGGCCGGUGGAGAUGGAGAAGGUGCCACGGAGUUUAACAACUGCGAGGGUGGCGGCAUAGGAGAGGGCGAGGGCACCAAAGACGUCAGUGACAAGAUUGAGAAUGAAGAUCAGGUGGAGGACAGCUUCCAGGAGGGUCAGGAGAAGGAAGAACAACAGGAUAAAGGGAACAUCAAGGCGGAAGACAACGCAAUAGAAAUGUCCGAGGACUUUGAUGGUCAGAUGCAUGAUGGGGAUGAGAAUGAACCAGGUGAAGACGAUGAAUCAGAUAAAGAGGAUGAGGAGGAGCUUGACAAAAAGAUGGGUGACUUGGGUGAAGGCCAGACAAACACUCUGGAUGAGAGAAUGUGGGGAGAUGAUGAGGAUGAUCAGGAGGAGGAAGGGAGUGACAAGGAGGAAGAGUCUGGCCAGGGCAUGGACCAGGGUGAAUCAGAGCUGGUUGCCAAAGAUGAUAACUUGGAUGCUGCAGACUCCAACAAAGACAAGAAAAACCAGGACAAAGAACAAGAGAUGGAUGGAGAGGAGAAGGAAAAGAUCCAUGAGCAAGGAGACGAGAGGGAGUUUGAUGAGAACGAAGUGGAUCCCUACCACGGUCAGCAGGACAAGAGACCUGAGCCUGAGGCCAUGGAUCUGCCUGACGAUCUCAACCUGGACCAGGAUGAUGAAGCUGGAGACGAUGGAGAGGGCGAGUGUGACGAGGAGAACCCCUUGGACAUCAGUGAGAAAGCCAUGGACCUGGAUGAGGUGGAGGACGGAGAGAAAGACGGAGAGGAGGAGCAGGGAGCAGAGGAGAUGCAGGAGGACGAAAUGGACCAAUCAGGAGAGGAGAAGGAUCAGGAGCCCAAGACUGAAGAGGAGGGGGAGGAGGGGGAGGGGGAGGGAGAGAGAGCAGAGGCAGACGAGGAGUCUGCCGAGAAAGACGAAGAGGGAGAGGAGAGGGAGAAAGAGAGAGGACAGGAGGCAGGAAGAGAUGAAGACCUUCUGAACGACAAAGGACGUAAACCAGAGGAUGAAGAGGAGGAAGGUGGGGGUGAGGAUGAUGAGCAGCCUGAGUCAGCUGAAAGGAAGGAACAUGACACAGACGGUCAGACUGGGGAGCAGAACGUCCAGAGUGAUACAGCUGUGGAGCUGGCAGGAGAGGCAUCAGAGAGAGACCAAGCUAAAGAGGAGCAUGGGAGUGGGGCAGCUGAUGCCAGUCAGUCAGAGGGCCACCAGUCAAAGCUGACAGCAAGAAUGGCUGCACAGACACAGACUCAGAGCAAGACUCAGAGCUUCAAGAGAAAACCAGGCCAGGCGGACAACGAGCGAUCUACAGGCGACUACAAUGAUCACGUCAACAAGCGCCUGCGUACGGUGGAGAGCAGCGAGGACACAGCUGCAGACAGCAGGCAGAGUGACGCCCAGCAAGAGUCAGACCUGUACCAGCACAUCAAACAGGGAGAGACAGCCUACGACACUCAGACAUAUGAUGUGGCCACUGCAGACCAGCAAAAAACCGCAGGGCCUCAGCAGGACCAGGAAGAAGAUCAGAACGAUGGGGAUGUCGCCAUGGAAACAGAGGACCAGGAAGAAGACCUCCAAGCCGCUGAGGUGCAGGAACUGAAGCCUGAGCAGCUGGACUCUACGAAGGCCUCCCAGAAAGGUGUGGACAGUGGAGAGAUGGAGGUGCAGAGGCAGGGAGAGGAGGAGGAGCAGGAGAGAUGGAAGGACCGUCACCGUCACGGAGAGGAAGAGCAAGCAGAGAGAAGCAGAGAAUCCACAAUUCACACUGUUCCUGAGCUGCUGCUGGACACCAUGCAGAAAGAAGAGAGAGAUCCAGAAGAGAUGAGGAGGGAGAUGGAGCUGCAGCUGGAGGCCUGGCACAAACUGGCUCCAGGGACUCAGGAGGAGGAGAGUGCAGCGGCCUCCAUGUGGCAUCAGUACCAGACUCUGACCUCCGCUCUCUCUCAGCAGCUGUGUGAGCAGCUCCGCCUCAUCCUGGAGCCCACACAGGCUACCAAACUCAAAGGUGAUUACCGCACAGGGAAGCGUCUCAACAUGAGGAAGGUGAUCCCCUACAUCGCCAGUCAGUUCCGGAAAGACAAGAUCUGGCUGAGGAGGACCAAGCCCAGCAAGAGAGAGUACCACAUCUGUCUGGCUGUGGAUGAUUCCUCCAGCAUGGUGGACAACCACUCCAAACAGCUGGCGUUUGAAUCACUGUCAGUGAUCAUCAAUGCUCUCACUCUGCUGGAGGUCGGACAGGUGUCUGUGUGCAGCUUUGGUGAGCAGGUGCAGCUGCUCCACCCCUUCCAGCAGCAGUUCAAUGACGAGUCAGGGGCUCGGAUACUCAGACUCUGUCAGUUCCAGCAGAAGAAGACCAGAAUAGCACAGUUUUUGGAGACCUCAACCAAAAUGUUUCUAGCAGCUCGACAGCAGAUUCCAGGAUCUAUAAACUCAGACACGGCCCAGCUGCUGGUCAUUGUGUCUGACGGCAGGGGGCUCUUCCUGGAGGGGAAGGAGCGGGUGACGGCAGCUGUGCGGGCAGCACGCAGCGCAAACGUGUUUGUCAUCUUUGUGGUACUCGACAAUCCCAACUCGCGGGACUCCAUCCUUGACAUCAAGGUGCCCAUAUUCAAAGGGCCGGGAGAACUCCCAGAGAUCCGCUCCUACAUGGAAGAGUUCCCCUUCCCCUUCUACGUCAUCCUGCGAGAUGUCAACACCCUGCCAGAGACCCUGAGCGACGCACUCAGGCAGUGGUUUGAACUUGUCACGGCAGCCGACCAGUAGACCAAUGAGAAGCCAUCUUUCACAGGGAAGAAGAAGUGGGCAGCAACCAACUGCACAACACCACUCUGCUGCUAGCUUCUCAGUCAGAACUGAAGAAGAAAAAAAAAAAAAAAAGCCGGAUUUGCCGCUGUACAUGUGCCUUUAUUUUCUUAUUUUUACUGUAGAUUUUAGUAGAGUUUAAUAGCAACCUUUGCUGUUUUAUCUUUGUUAUCAGGGGAUCUCUCUGUUUCUUUUGUAAUGUAACGAGGAUUGCUUUUGCUUGCACGUCUCAGAUGAAAUGAUAAAAAGAAAAAUGUGAUUUCAUUGCGUGUGAACCACCUCAGUGAAGAGUCGGUAAAUACCUCUGUCCACCUUGUACAAUACUCCCUAACUCUGUUUGUUUGUUUGUUUGUGUGGAUGUUCUAGUCAGUGCUACGAAGAUCAUCAAAUCAUUCACCUUCAAUGUGAACACAUCAACAGAUGUACAGAGCUGUGUUUUGUGUAAAAGAACGUCAUGACCUAAUAGUAGCAUGUUGGUGUGGUCAUGACUGACAUUCGGAGGAACUCAAAAAUGUGCCUUGGAGAGGAAAACAGUAUUGCAUUUCACUUCACGCCGGAAUCAGCUGUUGGGGUGAUGGAUCAGAGGCUUUGUCAAGAUUUUUAGAAGUUCAGAUCUCAUGUACUUUGAAGCACAGGGACUGCAGGUCCCAGUUUUGAAUAAAUGCCCCAGUAUUACCAGUUUUUGUGGUUAAAAGACAACAUAUCUACUGUGCUGAUCUUCCAUCCAUACUGUGUGACUUCUGCUGCUUCACUGUGUCUGUGAGGAGUAGGUGUUGAUGAAAUGUCUUUUAUCACCUGUGUUUUGUAACGUGGACAUACAUUUAAAAAAAAACACACACACACACAGAUAUUGGUCAUAUUUAAGAGAUUGUUUCUUCAUUGCAUCCAUCUGUUAAACCAUGACAUGAAUGAUCCUGACAAUAAACCGUUUACAAGGCU